AUGAGGAUCAACAUUAACAAUAAAAUUAUUACAAAACGAUACAUUUUAUCAAAGAUUAGUCAGAUCUAUGACCCUUUGGGAUUAUUAAGUUGUACGGUGAUUAUAAUUAAAAAUUUAUUACAAAAAUUAUGGCUAUUGAAAAUAGGUUUUGACGACGUCGUUCCCGCUGACGUUUCACGGAUUUGGGACCGUUUCGCGACUUCUCUGCUUAUGCUCAAAGAUAUACGCGUGCCGCGUCACGUUGUGGGUACCAACCCCGCGCGCAUCGAACUGCACAUAUUCUGUGACGCUUCGUCUGUCGCGUACGGGGCUUGUGUAUUUGUGCGCACCAUAAAUCGUGACUCAUCGGUAACCGUACGAUUGUAUUGUUCUAAAGGAAAGGUUGCGCCUCUAAAGCCGGUAAGCAUCCCGAGAUUGGAACUUUGUGGCGCUUUACUGGGUGCUAGGCUUUAUAAUAAAGACUUUUUGCCACUGACUCCUGCUCACUUUCUGGUUGGACGUGCCUUGACAGCUCCUGUAGCAGAACCCCUGGCUGAAGUUCCGGUUCACCGGCUUACACGCUAUCAACACCUAGAGCAAAUCAGGCAACAUUUUUGGAACCGAUGGAGCAAAGAAUAUAUCUCAGAAUUGCAAAUUAGGACCAAAUGGAAGCACCAUAAGGCUGACCUACAACCUAACACCAUGGUCGUCAUCAAAGACGACAAUACUCAUCCAUUAAAAUGGAGCUUAGGACGAAUAAUAUCUACCAAACCAGGAAAGAAUGGAAUAUCCAGAGUCGCAGAUAUCCAAACCUGUGCAGGAAUCAUAAGACGUACAUUUCCUCGAAUAUGUCCUCUGUUCUAUGAAGACUCAGAAGAGAGAACGUUGGAUGCCAGUGCUUCCAAGGCCGGGGGCAUGUCCAAACUACUUGGCAACAUUGGGGGUCGUGUGGAUGCAAGUUCGACCAAUCAGCGGCUUUCGCAAUGACUGUUGUCGUACCCGUUUAAAAAUUUAAAAUUUUGAAUCUGCUCCUCGAGUCGUUAAUAUAGUUUAUGUAAUUUCAAAAAUUGUUUAAACCGCUAAUAUAGUCUUAAAAGCGCA